AUGGCAUCCAGAUCGGGCUGUCUAUUGACAAGGAAAUCUACCUCGGGCCCGAAGUCUGGAAACACCACCCGCAUUGAUGGCGACGGCACCGACGACGAUGACAACGCCAUCCCAUACGACAUCCAGAAUCCCCAAGCCGCCGUCAAUCGCACUUUCAUCGACGGGGAUGUCCUGGCCCAGUUCCCAGAGGCGGACCACGUCCCGGCAAACACCAGCUUCCUCAGUCGGGUGACCAAGCUCUCGCAUGCCAGCGUCAUCACUGACAUCAACAAGACCGCCGUGCUGUUCGCCGGCAAGGAGGACCGACUGUAUCUGGGCCCGUAUGGUCAUCGAACCCUCGUGACUGGCACCCAGUUUGCUUCCCGGCCAGACGAGAGUGAGUCAAUCAUCCUGGGUGAUACCUUUGAGGGUUAUAUCAACUACCACCCGGAUGAAAUGGCCCAGGCGGGUGUAAGUAACCUGCGCUCUUCUCGCUUAACGAAUAUUCCCAAGGGAUCGAAGUUUAUUAAUGAACUAAAAGACUUGCCCGGGAUGUACGUAGGCGUGGUCGGGGAGCAAAUCUAUUCGCUAGCGACGUGCAAAGUGAUCAACACGGGCACGCGGAUGUACGUCGUGGAUGUGAACUCGGACGGCAUAGACCGGUUGAAUAACAGUGACCUGGCGGAUUCGUGA